AUGAGUCAGAAACGUACUCAUGAGCAGACACUGGCUAAAGAACCCUGGUAUCAUGGAUUGUUACCACGCGAGGAUAUGAAAGUGCUGCUGACACAGCGUGGCGAUUUUCUCGUUAGAUUCACUGAUCCGAAAGUCGGGGAACCUAGAAAAUUCGUUCUUUCGAUUUAUGUGGGCGUGGCUGAUGAGAUACGUCAUUAUGUCAUUCAAGAAUAUGAGAACAAGUUUGCUGUGGACGCCAAAUGGUUUGCAUCGAUUCCGGAUCUUCUGAACUACCACCAUCGGACCAAAGAACCAGUGGCUAUUGGGUGUGCAGAAUCUGUGUUGAUCCGUCCAAUCGGUCGUGAACCAUGGGAAAAGCAGCAUUCUGAUGUGACAUUGAUUCGAAAACUCGGAGAAGGCGCGUUUGGAGAAGUUCAGUUAGGAGAGAUUCGUAUCGGGAAUACUGUCAAAAAAGCGGCAAUAAAACUGGCAAAACUGGAGGCUCUAACAAAGGAACAAAUCAAGGAAAUCAUGCAUGAAGCGAGAUUGAUGAGAAAAUUCAAACAUCCGAACGUCGUCACUUUUUACGGAGUUGCCGCUGGACAAGAACCGUUGAUGGUGAUUAUGGAAUUGGCUGAUAACGGAGCGCUUGAUUCAUAUCUCAAAAAGCAUGCUAGCAGUCUCUCGAUUUCAAAAAAGAAUGACAUGGUUCUGCAAGCGGCUCUUGGUCUUGAAUACCUUCAUUAUCUUCAUAUCAUCCAUCGAGAUAUUGCUUCUAGAAAUUGCCUUUAUGGUGGUGGACAAGUCAAGAUAUCAGACUUUGGAAUGUCGAGAGAGGGAUCCAGUUAUCGGUUGAAUCCUCAUAAAAAAGUUCCAAUCAGAUGGUUGGCUCCAGAAGUUCCACGUACUGGAUUCUACACACCUAAAACUGACGUCUUCGCGUAUGGAAUAAUGUGUUGGGAAGUGUAUCAUGAUGGCACAGAACCGUAUCCCGGGAUGAAGGUGGCUGAGGUAUUGCCACGUGUUCAGGAGGGAUAUCGGAUGCCGUUCGAUGCAAAAGUGACAACUGCAGUUGUCAAGUAUAUCACUGAACGGAUUUGUGCUGGUACCGAACAAGAACGUGUCACAAUGUCUGAUGUGGUCAGGGAGCUUCCAAAUCUCGACGGAUUCGAGCAGGCUCCGGCAUCCAACAGCUACUUUGAACUGCCAGGAAAUAAAACGCCGAAAGAAGAUGUUCAAGGAUCGAAGCAAGCGCCAAUUGGGAAUAUUCUACCGUACCCGUCUCAGCCAGUAGUCACUCCAACUGCUUUUCUGAACAACAAUGUGCUCCAGAAUCCGCCCACUCGUGUUUUAGAAAGACAGGAAACGACGUUAGAACAAAGGAAAUCAAUUUCGAAUAGUACGGAAGAUGGGAACCGGAAAAACAAAAAACCAGUUCGUACUCGGAUAACAAGCUUUGGAAACUUCCGUACGGAUCAACCAACCGGCACAACCAAAACUCAAUCCAUGUCGAUGGCCACAAGGGCUCAGGCGAAUGCAAAAAAAAAGAAGAACAAACAAGCGUCAUCGUCAUCUUCUGUCGACGCUCCAUCGUCAGCCGGAUUCUCAAUGCUGAGCAUUUUUCAGCGGAAAAAACCGGAUAAGAGCGACACGAAGAAGCCAGAAGAGUAG